ACUCGGCACCCCUGGUUCGCCAAGCCACGCCGACCCUCGUCCCCGGGUCAGUCAUAGCCGGGCCGCUGACGGAGGAAGACUGGCGCGCUCUGAGUCGACCCGAAGAUGUGAUAAAGUAGGGGGACGCAGUGGAGAACACACGAUCGUGUAACUUGCAUCGAACCUAAGAGUGAUUCAGUAAUUGUUAUCGAGUUAAAAGAAAGGAAAAAGAAAAAGGGAAACUGAACUUAUCCCUUCGAAAAGAAACCCUCAUGAAUGAGACCAACAGGAGCCCUUUUAAAGAGAAAGAGAUGCAACAUUAGGCCAGACCCGCCCACCAACCCUUGAGUGGCUGUGUUAUUGAACGAGCAGCCACCGACCAACGUUUGGCUGAACAAACUCACGCACACACGGCAGCCUUAUCUCCAGAACCCAAGGUUUGUGAGUCGACGCUGGCGAGGUUGUGACUGACUGUCCUCUUCUGUGUAUCAUCUUCAGAGAGCAAGAGUCAGCGAGAGAGAGAGCCCCCCCCCCCUCGACCUUGACUCUUUUGUAUUGAAGGGCGGAAGGAAGCAAGAGCUACUACGACCUCAGGCGGGCGCCCUCGAGAAGGAGUCGACGUGAGCCAAGGCGGGAAGUCAUGGUGCCAAGAGGCCACACUCCCGCCCUCUGUUAGCAUGUGCGUGCAUGCGCGCACUCUGCCCUCCCUCAAGGUGCGGGGUGAGGUGCACCUGUGCUAUGGGUGAGGGCUGGAGGUCAGGAUGGCCAGGCGUGAGGGUCAUGGGCCUGCACCCCCACCUCCUCCACCACCACCUCCUCCUCCACCUCCUCCUCCUCCUCCACCCAACAUGGGCAUCGCCACGCUGCUAGUUCUCCUUGGCCUCCUCUCCUCGGGGGUGUGCUUGCAAAACGGAGACGCGGAGCACAUCACGGCCAUACUCGGAGAGUCCGUCAUACUCAACUGCGCGGUGUCGCACCCCAAGAUUCCCUACAUUAUUCAUUGGAAGAGACAGCACCACAAGAUUCCCAUCUACAUCUGGUAUGAGGGGUAUGACCCCCACGUGGAGGACACGUACAAGGGGCGCGCGUCCAGGGUGUCGCAGGACACCACGUACGGCCUGGCCUCCCUCAACCUGACCAACGUCAGGGAGGACGACCAGGGCUGGUACGAGUGCAAGGUCUUCUACCUGGACCGGACUGGAUCCCCCGACAACGGAACGUGGAUUCACUUAGAUGUUCAUGCUCCGCCUCGGUUUACAACAACACCAGAUGAUGUUACCUAUGUUAAUAUUGGUAACUCCAUCAUCCUUAAUUGUGAGGCGGAGGGAACCCCGAAGCCAGAGAUAUUCUGGUUCAGAGAUGAUGAGCCCGUAGUUCCCUCUGACAGUGUUGGCAUCUUUAAUGAUGGCACAGAGCUUCGAAUCAACAAGAUCAGAGACCAGGAUAUUGGUGACUAUGUCUGCGUAGCACGUAAUGCUGAAGGACGAGUGCACCAUGAAGCCAAAGUUGUUAUUGCUGGUGGCGCCGUAAUUGUUACUCCACCUCAGAACCAAACGCGGCAAGAGGGAGAAAAGGUCGAGUUUCCCUGCGAAGCAAAAGCUUUGCCAGGCAAUGUAACAGUCAUUUGGAAGAGGGAAGGUGUAGCCAUUGAUAAGCUUUCUUGGCUUGACAUCCGUGCAAUCGUCAGGAAAGAUGGGGCUCUUGUGAUCAAUCCUACCAGUGCAGAUGAUGGCGGGUUCUUCACAUGUGAGGUGUCCAACGGCAUCGGGACACCUCAGCGUGCCACAGCUUACCUCAAUGUAGAAUAUCCAGCACGAGUAACUUAUACUCCAACUGUGCAGUAUCUCCCCUUCAGGCAGCAGGGAAUUAUCAAGUGCUUUAUUAAAAGCAACCCUCCCAUUCAGUUUGUUACCUGGAUAAAAGACAAGCGUCUCUUUGAUGCAGAAAAAGAAAAUACUGUAGUCAAACUUAAUAAUGGCUCUCUGCUUAUAACUAAGGUCAAUCAAUCUCAUCAGGGACGCUAUAGUUGCACACCUUACAACCGCCACACCACAGCCGGUUCCUCUGGUGAUAUGGAGGUUAUAGUUCGUGAUCCACCAGUAUUUUCGCCUCGACCCCAACUUCAAUAUCACGGACAAGUAGGAGAAGAAGUGACUCUCGUAUGCGGAGGUCAAGGCUCUCCAACUCCAGAAGUUACUUGGAAAAGGCGUGAUAACCAAAAUCUGCCAAGGGAUCGUACUGACAUUGUGGGAGGAAAUCUUACCAUCCGUUCUCUCCGAAAAAGUGAUCAUGCAUAUUAUGAAUGCAUGGUUAGCAAUGAAAUUGCAACUUUGGUAACAGCAACACAGUUACUGGUGGAAGGCACAACACCUCAUCCACCAUACAACAUCACAAGUGAAACAGAUCCAUUUAGUGUGAAAUUAUCUUGGUUACCUGGCUAUCCUGGGGGCAAAGACUGGGAGCAGCAAUAUACUAUAUGGUACCGAGCAUUAGGUUUUCGAACUUGGUCUCAAAUAGAUGUAAAGCCGGCUGGAAGCACCAGUAUAACUAUACAUAAUCUUUCCCCUGGCCAUACAUAUGAGUUCCAGGUUCAGGGCAAAAAUAUGUUGGGGGAUGGCAUGUUCUCUGACGUAGUAACAGCGACCACUGAAGCUUUAGGAGGACAAUCAUCUGACACUCCAAUCGACAAUCACCACGUGACGCCCACUCCAGAUAAACCCGUAUACGAUUAUAGCAUGAUAGUGUUCCCAACGGAUUCUUCUGGAUCGACCUAUAUUCCAACAAUAUUGAAUCCGACAGGUAUUUUGUGUUUUGUUAAGUAGAUCCUAUGCCUCCUUUUUUAUAUUUUAU